AUGCAACCACACGAUGGAGACUCUUCUCGGUCUUGGUUCAACGACCUUGAAGCCUUGUCGGAAUCAUCCUCCUCGUCCUCCUCAUUGAAUAAUACUACAAUAACUACUCAUCAUACAUCUAGAAGUGAUACCUUUCUCACGAAUCCGAGUCGAUCUUCGUAUUACAACCAACAAAAUGAAAAGCUUUUCGGAGAUUCAGUGAUGGUCACUAUAACCGGACAAAAUACAUUACAAGCACAUGAUUUUCAAUUGCCAUUCUUUUUGAAUGACAUGACUGGAACGGGUGAUGAUUUGAGCUGUUCCUCAAGUGGAUUUAUCAUUUCAAGUGAAAACAAGGAGGAUUCUUCCUCAUGUUAUUUAAUUACAAGCGGAACUGUCAUUGUUCCGUUUGUUCAAAAAACAAAACAAAAGUCAUCAACCACUCAAUCUCAACAAAUUGAAGAGGAUGAAAAUAACAUUUCCUUUCAAAAUCCACAUUUAAAAUGCAAAAUAACUUUAACUUUGCCAAAUGGCGAAAUGAUCUUUAGUGAAAUUUUACCCUCUCAUGUAAAAAGAUUUGGAAAAACUAAAAAUAUUAGUAAUCAACAACAAUACUCAAAUCAAAACUUCACAAAAACAGAUAUUCAAUUUUGUGGGCUAUAUUCUCAUACUGUGACGGAUAAAUACAUUUAUCACAUGACAUCUCAGUUACAUGGAUGGUAUUGGGGCCAUCCAUUGGUUAAAAAUAAUAACAAAAUUGUACAAUCUUCACAAUCCUUCUUUAGCGAACCACACUCACAUUUUGAUGACAAGUCCAUGUCUUCUGAUUUUAUUUCAAACAAUUUUUUAAAAGUUUCCCCUUCCACAAUUGCAAUUUUCAAAAUUUCCAAUGGAGAUGUCGUAAAGAAAUAUGCUGUUGACCUUCCACAUAGAAAUUCAAACUUUGCUAAUUAUCUAAACCAAGGUGACGAUUUAUAUAUUGUCUCAUCUCCAUUUGGACUACUUUCUCCACAUUCUCUCAGUAAUCAUUUAUCGAAGGGAGUUAUCAGCAACAAGAUUAAUAAUUCAUCUAAUAAGCAAAAUUUAGCAAUUUUGACUGAUUGUCAAAUACAUCCAGGGUGCGAAGGAGCUCCAGUAUUUUCUAAAGUGCUUUCACAAACCCAAUGUAUUGGUUUUUGUACACUCCCCAUAAGAUCAAUUUCUUCCAGCACUGGGUUGAAUGUAAUUAUUUCUAUUGAACCAUUUUUGAACCUUUUCGUUGAAAAAUUUAUUGGAGACAUGAAACCAAUCAUGAAUAGUAAUUUAUUAGUCACAGAGCAUCAAGAGAUAUCGAAUGUCUAUCACGCAGUGAGGAAUAACAUUGUGUUGAUCUUGAUUAACAACACUUGGGCAACUGGUAUUUUAAUUUCACAAAAUGGUUAUAUUUUAACUAAUUCACAUGUGAUGGCUCCAUACAUGCAGCAGAAAGGCGAUUCUUUUUACCUACCAGAGCAUUUGUCUAUUGUUGUGCAGUUGGAUUAUGAUUUAAGAGACAAUGAGAAGAAUCAUAAAUUUCACAGUGCAGAGUUGGUGUUAUUUUGCAACACUGGACCACUUGAUGUGGCUCUUCUUAAAAUUCAUGAAUCAUGUGCUAGCCAUAUGCCUCAUGCGAACAUCAGUUUUGGUGAUAGUGGAUUUAUCAAAUUCGACGAAACUGCGAGAGAAGGAGACGAGGUAUUUGUAGUAGGUUAUCCAUUAAUGCAACCAAUCAAUACCUCUCGUUCUGUCAAACAGUGUACCAUUACAAAAGGGAUUAUUUCUAAAGUUGUUACUCUUGGCAGUAAGAAAGCCAUGCUUUGUACAACUGCUCUGGUUCAUGAUGGUAAUAGUGGAGGUGGCGUUUUCAACAAGCACGGUUCCUUGAUUGGACUUGUCACUAGCAAUAUCAAGUACAAGUUAACAGAUCAAGUUUCAGGACAAGUUCAACCUUUACUUUUGCCAAGCAUUAAUUUCUCCAUUCCAAUGGAUCAACUAAAACCUCUUUUUGACACGCUACGAAAAUGUCCAUCGUCCAAGGAUUUGAAACAAGAAUUGGAUAAGCUUUUCAAUACUCCAAACGUUGUGCUUAAAGAGAAACUCUCGAACAAGUAA